CACCCCCUCCCCGCCGGGGCGGGGCAGCGGCGCAGGCGGCGGCGGCGGGCCCGGUGGGCGCGCGCCAGGCCGGCAGCCAUGGCGGCGGCGGCGGAACGGAGCCGCCUCAGUUUCCCCGGCGGUACCGGGGCCCUGGGGCGGCCCGUGCCUAUGAACCUCUUCGCUACCUGGGAGAUCGACGGUUCCAGCCCCAGCUGCGUCCCCAGGUUGUGCAGCUUGACAUUAAAGAAACUGGUAGUCUUAAAGGAAUUGGAUAAGGAGCUUAUUUCUGGGGUCAUUGCUGUCAAAAUGCAGGGCUCCAAGCGCAUCCUGCGGUCUCACGAGAUUGUAUUGCCCCCGAGUGGACAUGUGGAGACGGAGCUUGCACUGACCUUCUCGCUGCAGUACCCUCACUUCUUGAAAAGAGAAGGCAACAAGCUUCAGAUCAUGCUGCAGCGGCGGAAGCGGUACAAGAACCGAACCAUUUUAGGCUACAAGACUCUGGCUGUGGGGUCUAUCAACAUGGCUGAGGUCAUGCAGCACCCAACAGAAGGUGGCCAGGUUUUGAGCCUUUUCAGCAACAUCAAAGAGGCUGCAGUGAAGGUAGCAGAAAUCUGGAUCUUCUCCUUGUCGAGUCAGCCAAUUGACCAUGAAGACAGCACUAUGCAGGCCAGCCAGAAAAUCAAGUCUACAGACAACUAUUCGGAGGAAGAGUACGAGAGCUUCUCUUCUGAGCAGGAGGCCAGUGAUGAUGCCGUACAGGGCCAGGAUUUGGAUGAUGAUGAGUACGAGCUGGGGAAGCCCAAGAAGCAGCGGAGAUCGAUAGUAAGAACGACGUCCAUAACCAGGCAACAAAACUUCAAACAGAAGGUUGUGGCGUUGCUGAAGAGGUUUAAAGUGUCUGAUGAGGUUCUGGAUUCAGAGCAGGACCCGGCAGAGCAUGUUCCAGAGGUGGAGGAGGACUUGGACCUUCUGUAUGACACGCUGGAUAUAGAGAACCCCAGUGACAGUGGGCCAGAAAUGGAGGAUGAUGACAGCGUCUUGAGCACUCCGAAGCCAAAGUUAAAACCAUAUUUUGAAGGACUGUCACACUCCAGCUCUCAGACAGAAAUUGGUAGCAUCCACAGCAUCAGGAGCCAGAGAGAGCCAUCAAGUCCUCAGGUAGAAGUGCCUGAAAAGACAAAAAGUCUUGGAGCCAAACAUGCAGGCGACAGUAUUUCUGACACUGUCUCUUAUGAGUCUAACCAGCAAGCUGAGGUCCAGGAAGCUGAACUUCCUACACCAGAUGUGUUUGUAGAGAAGCUCCCACCCAGCGGGAAGAUCACUAAGACCGAGUCCCUCAUUAUCCCGUCCACCAGCAGGUCUGAAGGGAAGCAGACGGGACGGCGGGGAAGGAGCACGUCUCUGAAGGAGAGGCAGCCAGUGAGGCCACAGAACGAGAGAGCAAACAGUCUGGACAACGAACGCUCUCCAGACACCCGGCACCACUUACAGAUCCCCAGGAAAACAGUAUAUGACCAACUAAAUCACAUCCUGGUUUCCGACGACCAGCUGCCAGAAAACAUUAUUCUUGUCAAUACUUCUGAUUGGCAAGGCCAGUAUCUGUCGGAUGUCUUGCAAAAGCAUACCUUGCCAGUGGUCUGCACAUGCUCCUCAGCCGAUAUCCAGGCAGCUUUCAGCACUAUUGUCUCCAGGAUACAGAGAUACUGUAACUGCAAUUCACAGCCUCCAAACCCAAUUAAAAUUGCAGUGGCCGGAGCCCAGAAUUACCUCAGUGCUGUAUUGAGGCUCUUUGUAGAGCAGCUGUCUCACAAAACCCCAGACUGGCUCGGCUACAUGAGAUUUUUGAUCAUCCCUCUAGGCUCUCAUCCAGUGGCCAAGUAUCUGGGGUCUGUAGAUUAUAGAUACAACAACUUCUUCCAAGAUCUAGCCUGGAGAGAUCUGUUCAACAAACUUGAAGCACAGACCACUGUUCCAGAAACGCCUGACGUUGUCUCCCGGAUAACGCAGUAUAUAGCAGGGGCAAACUGCGCACACCAGUUGCCCAUUGCUGAAGCGAUGCUGACGUACAAGCAGAAAAGGAAAAAGAGCUUUCAUUUUGAUUUUACCAUAAGCCCUGACGAAGAAUCUUCACAGAAGUUCAUUCCCUUUGUCGGGGUGGUGAAGGUUGGAAUAGUGGAACAAUCUUCUGCAACAUCAGGUGACUCUGAUGACGCAGCUCCCUCAAGCUCCAGUGUCCUUUCUUCUACCCCACCUUCUGUGUCUCCUGCUGUGAAAGAAGCCUCCCCCACACCACCUUCCUCACCGUCUGUCACAGGCAGCUUCUCAUCCUCAAGCCAGAGCCUCGGUGCUGAGUUGAUGGGCCUGCAGGUGGAUUACUGGAUUGCAGCUCCACCCGUGGACAGAAAGAGAGACCCGGAGAAGAAGGACCCCUCCACUACCAAAAACACACUGAAAUGCACUUUCCGGUCCCUCCAGGUCAGCAGGUUACCUGCCAGCGGUGAGAUUGCCACCACUCCAACCAUGUCCAUGACCGUUGUGACAAAAGAGAAGAACAAGAAAGUGAUGUUUUUGCCCAAGAAAACAAAAGACAAGGAGGUUGAGUCAAAGAGCCAGUGUAUUGAAGGCAUCAGCAGGUUGAUUUGCACAGCGAAACAUCAGCAGAACAUGCUGCGCGUCCUGAUCGACGGGGUGGAGUGGAAUGACGUCAAGUUCUUUCAGCUGGCAGCACAGUGGUCCUCUCAUGUCAAGCACUUUCCCAUCUGCAUAUUUGGACACUCCAAAUCUAACUUCUAGCCGUGCUCGGCGGAGGGACCUUCUGUCCGUCCCGGGGACUGCACACCAGGAGCCAGGAAUUGCGUGCCAACGCUGACUCGCGUCGCUCUGCCCUCUCCUGCAGAAUUAAUUACAGAUGUGCUUGGAUUACUCUUGAAUUACAUUUUUCUAUUAACUCUUUAAGUUUACUACAAGGGAAGGAAACCCCUUUAAACAAAGGCAAAAAAAAAAACAAAAACAACCCCAGUCUUAAAUAUUAGAUGUGCUGACAACGUGAAGUCGUGGGGGAGUUGGCAGGAGCAGGCAACCUGCCCAAGAACACCUACCACUUACAAGCAGAUAGCUGAGUAACUGCACUGCUUAUUAACCUGAGACCUCAUUGGUGUGAGUGGGCCAGGGGAGCCGUGGAUCAGCUUGGAACAGCUUUUGCGGAAGAUCGUGCGCGUUCCGGUGCAUUUGGCCCCCUCCCUCUGUAUUUCUGGGGGGGUGGGGGGGGGGAAAGAUGGCCAGUCUUUCUUCCUGCUGCCAAAGGACGAGAGAUCAGCGAGUCUGGAGGGAGCUCAACUGUCCAGUUUGAAAAACAAACCACUUGCAGAGCUAGGGAGAUCCGGAGAGGAGAUCCCCCUUCAGAGCGUGGAGUCUGCCGCAGGGACGGGCAGGUGUUUGUGCUGAAGCGAUGCCUGAGGGUUGGGCAGGAACAGGAAUCAGAGAAACACUAGGUGUAAAGAAACUCCAGUGUCCCAGGUCUGUGACAAUGACCAAACCGAGCCAGUCACGAUGUCCCUGCAGCUGGCUGUGCUGCUGAGGGACACCGCAUCAGUGGGGUCGCUGCUAUUUACAUACUCACACCGAUUAUUUACCUGUCAAUAAAACCUCGUCCAGCCUCUAAAGGGAAAGGAUUUUUUUUAAUAGCUGCAGAUUUUUUUUAAUGCUUUCUAAAAAAAAAAAAAUAAAAUAAAAUAAAAACAAAAAAUAAGAGGGAAAAAAAAAAUUAAGUUGCCAAAAAAACAAACCCAGGAAGCUGAGCCGUUGUCUGUGAAGCGAUACAUCACUGUAGUGGCUGGUGCGGGAGCCAGCCGGGAGCUCUGCACGUCCAGCUGCCUUCCCGUCCAUCUGUCGAAGCGCACACGUGCGGUAGCGUGGGCUGCUUUAUCUGCUGCCUUUGUCCUGCCCUGACCGCCCCGCAGCCUGCUGCUGUCUCCCUGCUGCACCUCCCCGGCCUGGGUGCCCACCGCCUGGCCCCAGGGACACUGCUGGAGCGCGUUUUUGCCAUUUGAACCACCCAGGACCUCUCCUGUAGGGACCCGAGGGACUGUGACAAAACCGAAGGGUGCUGGGGGCGGGCAGCCUCCCCCCAGGCUGCUUUGUCCUUACCUUCUGCUUUCUGAGUACUUCUCCCCUCAGGCAUUUCUCUGUGGAUCACAUCCCUUCCCCAGCAGGACAUGCGUUGACCCUGGCACGGCAUUGCCCGUGUGUUGAGGAUUUGCAAGGGGGUUCGGUCCCAAGGCACGGCAGAAGCUAUAGCUGGGAUCAGAGAGGAUGAAGCCACCAAGUUCUCCGUCCCCCUCAGGCAGCAAGAUGACCUGGGAGAUGGAGGAGUGAGAUUUUUUUAGGUGUCUCGCACUGUUGGCUUAGCUCCGGCUGCACUUGUGUACACCUUGCUGCUGCCAGGGUGUGACAAGCCGCAGGCAGCAGCUCCAGGUGCUGCACAUGUGGCCUUUUGCUCUCCAGGCUUCCUGAGGCGUGCCUGGGAGGGACUCGAAGCGGGUGGUGGCUGGGGUUUGGGGAGCAGAGUGUGCUUGCUGUGUGGAAGAGCCAACGUCUCUGGCAUUUCACGGUAAGGGACUGAAGUUUUUGAUGGGGUCCUUUUGGGUCCCAUCCUUGUGGGCAGGCCAGGCGCUGCGAGCAUUUCCAGAAGGUGCUUUCUGAGGGCAGUGAUGCUUUUCAACCUUUACCAGCAGCUGCAGGUCAAGUUUAUUAUUUUUUUUUCUUUUUUUUGUUGGUCUGAUCCCUUACCCUUGGGUUUUUAAAGGCUUGGGGAACCUGUUUUGCCCUGCUUGCCAGGUCCUGCUCUGCGUGGGGACCUCCUGGUUUGUUUUGGGCAGGGCAGUGGUGGCAUGUCCUGCUGUUAGGCUUUUUUCUGCUGAAGGGGAGCGCGGGGUUAUUGGGUGAGAGCGCGGUCCCUGCUGGUGCCUGUCACAGCUCACGGCAAGGGCUGCUUCACCGACACUGAUUUCACGAAACCCUUUCCCAGCACAAGUGCAACCUACUUGGCCAGGGACUGGGUAUUCCCUUCACGCCAUACUGGGGAGGAGGACGCGGUCACACUGCCUGGUGGCACGCUGCUGGGCAGGCCGUAUUGUCUAGUUGCAAUACUCCGUUCCUCCCCGCCCGCAGCUCUGCCUGCCCUCCGCUAGCUCUCGGCUGUGGCAGAAGCUUGGCUCUAGUUUGAACGUCGUCGUGUCCAUCGCUCUGUGCGUUUUUGGUUGACCUGAGCGGAUGCUCCGGGACUGUGUAGCAUUGCCUAGCAGCAGUAGCGUGGGAGAUGGUGUAUAAGCACAUCGUUUCUUUUUCCUUAUUGAGGCUGUUAUAUCACAAAAAACCCACAAAAAAAACCCCUAAUCUUUGCAAAGGAAAGCUCUUGGUGCUGGAGCGUGUCAGUGCUGCAGAGGUGGGGUGGACUGACCUGACCGACUGCAAUAACUUUGUUUACUGGGGGUGGGAAGGGGUGGGGUGGGGGGAACCAUCACUGUGCUCCUCUUUGUAUUUCAACCUACUGUAAAGAAACAAAUGGUAGCUGGGACGGGAUUUCCAGGGUCCUGCCUAUCAAACAUGUGUUGCCCUGCUCUACUCUGUGUGUGUGUGUGUGUGUGUACGUGAGAGAGAGAAACACUUCUGCUCGUUGCAUUUCCUGUUGGUUUGUGUUUGGUUCUAACUUUAUUACGAGUGAAUUCACCGGGAAACACUCUGUACGCCUGAGACCCGAGGGCUUGUGUCUCCGCAGGGUUUCUCCCCCGGGGAAAGCUGCCGCUGCUCUGAAAUGCCUCUCUUGUGCAAGGAAGCGUGCCGGUUUCUCAGCCUCGUCCUCCCCGUGUCCGUCAGCGCCCAGGGGGGUGGCUGUGGUGUUUCCAUGCCUUGGAGGCAAGUUUGCUGGUGCUGCUCUGGUCAGGGUGUUGUGUCUCUGUUCGUUUCUCUUGGGUCGCGUGGAACAACUUUGUGCAGCUGUUUCUGUCCCUGCCUGGAGGACAAACAGGUUUCUGUCUCCGAGGUGAAUGAGUGUCAAAGUGUGCAGGUGGCUCAGGCCAUUUCGGGAAGGAGGUUUGUGCCUGGCGACUCGUACGAGUGGCUGAUCUCAGGUCUCCCAACCUCCCCAACAGCCUCCUGUGGGGCCAGGGAGAGCCGCCGGCACCGGGAUGGGUCCGUGCCCGCAGAGCUGCACCAGCCUGGUGGGGUUAGGUGGUUGCGUGCAACUUGGUGAAUACAAAAGGAUGGCUUAGAGCAGGGACAGCGUUGCUCCAUCUUCAGCUCUGGAGGGUUUUGGUGAAGAAGGUGCAACUCAAAAGGAGAAACACAGUGGCAUUAUCUCACCCGCCUGCGUUAGAUGGGGCUUACUGUGGAGCCAUGUGGUCUGACAGCAAAGGCAGGGGCUGGAGCGGGCAGCAUCUGAGCUGAUCUCUGGCCGGGAGGUGCUUUGAAGUUGGUGUCCCCUGCUCUCCCUGUCCCUUUGCGUCCCACAGCUUGCCCCUCCUCCCCUGGCUGUGGCUUCUCAAAGUGGCCGGUGUCGUUUCCAGCUGCUCUGGGGCCUGGGUCAGAGGUGAGGUCUCCGGCAUGGCCGCUGCACCGGGCUGCGCAGCACUGACCUAGUUUAACAGCGCUGGCGAGCAGAUGAAAGAUGGAAGGUUUCUGUGGUGUCGUGUUGCACCUUGAGAGCUUCCUGGUCCUCUGGGUUGAGUUUCCCAGAGACAAAGGCUCGGCCUCAGCCCUGCCAGUGUUCCAUCAGCCGCUGGCUCUCCUGCGGUGCCGGUGACUUCCCGGGUAUCUUGGGCGACUGUUUGAGCUCAGCACUGCAGUUCCCAUCCAGUUCAGUCGUUACUGGUUACAUCUCAGCGAUGAUCAGCUGCAGAGAGCUCCUUAAUUACACAUGAGUUUGGGGAGAGCCACUGCCUCCUUGGUUGUGUUUUGCCGCUUUAAUUAGCGUGUGCUUGUGGCUUUAUCCUGCAGAGAGGGCAGGGGUAGGUGGCUGGGAGGUUUCUGGGGCUGGAGGAGAUGUGUCUGUUUGCUUUCCAUCAUCAAACUCAGCCAAGAACCACGCUGUCCCGCGCUGAACCUGCCAUGGUAGCAGAGGCCCCGUCCUGUUUCUCCCAGCGUGCGCUGGCGGGAGCACUGGAGAGCCGGGAGAAGUUUAAGAAGAUGAUCCUGGCGAGAGGCAGCAGAGCCGGUGGCUGCCUCCUGCUGCUUAUUGUGCCGAAGGAUCGGGAAGGCUGGGAUUAGGGCAGUCCUGCCGUGCAGCAGUAAAGGGAUGGGAGCCCUGGAGCUUUCUUGACGCUAAGGUUGGGUGCGGUGCCUCUGUCCCCUUCGUUCAGGGGGUCUCAGUCUUGGCGGGUAGCUGUGUGGUGGCAUUUCAGUGUGACACUCCCUCUGGGCUUUUCUGGCAGGGAGAAGGCCAGAAAUGAGCAGCAGCAGCAUCUCCCGGAGGUUUCCUCUUCAGCGGGGUUCUCAUGGGAGGUGCUCCUGGCAGGGCCGGCUCCUGCGGGGUCACUUGGCUGCUUUGGGACAGCCUGGGGGAGGAAGGGGAUGUGUCAGCUUGGAAAGCAGCAGGUCGCUGGUUUCCUUAAGGAAGAGCCACCCAUAUGGGGGCCACAUCCAGUCAGCUGCUGCUUUGCACCUUGGCCGGAGCGUUGCCUGCCCGCUUGCCUACGUGCCGUGGCCGCGGGGAAGCACCUUGCGAGCGUGGGUACCGCGUGUGCCAGGGCUGCGUGCCACCAGCCUUGUCCCGACCGCGGUGUACGAGGGGACUUUACCACUUUGUAGAUUCCUGAGUUGUCCCAUCUGUUUCGUUGUUGUAUUGUUUGGGUUCUAGGUUGGUUUUUGUUUGUGUUUUGUUUUGUUCUUUAUUUUUAAAUGAAGACAGAUUAAAUGUAAAUAGCGUUUUUUUUUCGGUUUUUUUUUUUUUUUGGAACAAACUGCAACGUGCUCAACCUCGUCAACUAUUUUAUGGUACUAAUGCAACACUAAUAAAACUGGACAUGA